UAGAGCAGAGUAGCCCUCGGUCUAACCCGAGUCCUUUCUUUGUUUGGUAGUCUGUCAACUGUGUCGUCCAAUUUUGAAUAAAUCGCAUUUUCCUUCCCUCCUUUCACACCCACAAUAAUAUAAACCCCUCUCUCCUCUCAUUACUUCCACCGAACCACAAUGUCAAUGGAUCCGAUUCCAAGGUCCGGUAAGAAGACGACUGAGCUCCACCACAUUUCUAGAAAGUGGAAAGACCCGAGAAGUGCAGAACGCAGCCCUGAACACAACAUAGUCUGGACCGAACCACACCCGAGCAGCCACAAACCGCGUAGAGUCCCCGUUGUUUAUUAUCUCUCCAGAAAUGGUAAUCUUGAACAUCCUCAUUUUAUUGAGGUUCCCCUUUCUUCCCCUGACGGUCUUUAUCUUCGAGACGUGAUCGAUCGCCUGGAUUCUCUGCGUGGAAAAGGAAUGGCAGCAUUAUACUCGUGGUCUUCUAAACGAAGUUACAAAAACGGAUUCGUGUGGCACGAUUUGGCUGAAAACGAUUACAUUUACCCAGCGAACGGGCAAGAGUACGUUCUCAAAGGAUCAGAGCUUGUUACCGCCGGAAAACCGUCGUUGUCGCCGGAAUUUGAAAAAUCCGGCGACGAUGAUUUUCCGGUGGUGAGGCAUAGAAGGAAUCAAUCAUGGAGUGCAGUCGAUCUGCACGAAUACAAAGUCUACACCGGUGACUCAUCCGCCGGAAAACUCGCCGGCGCCGCCGCUGACGCAUCUACACAAACCGACGACAAACGCCGACGCCGUAAAGCGAUGAUCAAAGAAGAAACACAGGAAGAAAUCAAUGAAGAACAAGAAAACGAGAGUACAGAGCUUACAAGAUACGAAAUUUCACCACCACCGUCCGAUUCAAGCCCCGAAACGCUAGAGUCGUUGAUGAAAGCAGACGGUAAGCUAAUCCUACGGCCAGAAACAGAUGAUCAGAACUUGAAAACCAAUCCAACGGCUGGAAACAAAGUGAAAGCAUCGUCAGUGCUGAUGCAGCUGAUUACGUGCGGGUCGAUUUCGUUCAGAGAUUGUGGACCGGGGGCUUAUGGAAAAGAUAACCCGGGUUUUUCGUUGAUUUCACAUUACAAGUCUAGGAUGGUGCCACGUGGCAGUGUGGAGGAUGGUACAGUAGAAGACGCUGUCGUUUUGAGGAAGAACCGAAGAGUUAAAAAACAGGUUGUCACAGAGGAUAAAGAAUAUUUCAGUGGGAGUUUAAUAGAAACAAAAAAAGAGGAAUUUCCAGCUAUUAAGCGAUCUAAUUCAUACAAUGGAGGUCGGUAAAUUACCAUUACCAAAUAUUAUUAUUAAUAUUAAAUCGUAUUUAGGUUAUAAUUUUACUUUUUUCUUUUUACUUAUAUGUCAAAACUGAUAUGAAGGUCGAUUCAUAUGGGCUUUUAUGUGGGGUGACCUUCGUAUAUUCUAAUUCAGAAGUAGAUUUAAGCACGUAAAACAGAGUUUAGUGUUUAUGUAUGUCACGGGUAUGUUCUUAGUGGCUAAGCAUGGUGCUCUCAGUUGCCCCGAGGAGAACCAUUUUCCUUUUGGUUUUUGUAUAAAGAGAUGUUCGUUUCGUA